AGCUAUUGCUACUUCCGGUAUACUUCCGGAAAAUUUUCGACAAACUAGCAACAUUAAACUGCAAGGAACUCCAUCAGCAGCUCUAAGAAGAUCUAGCCGGACUAAAUUACCCAUCAGCCCAUCUCCAAACGACGUGUCACUUUCCGCAGGACGUACCACGCGAUCACAGAUCAAUCCUGACAUAAUCGCAAAGCAAAAGUCUUUCAUGCAUAAAUACCAAAUUGCUGUCAAAAGCUCUAUGGACUCGUAUGUUCGAAGUGCAACUAGCGAAGUUGAACAGGUUAAAGUGGAAACACAAGCCACAAAGCGCAAAUGGGAGGAUACAGGAGGGACAGAUGCCGUGCAUUCUCCUCAUAGUUCUCCAAUUCAAGAGAAAAGAAACAAAAAAUCAAUAACAAGCACUCCAUCAACAGCAAGUACCCCAUCGACCAAAGUUGGUAGCCUUUUCAUGGAAUUGCAAAGCAAGACAUUUACGCGCCAUGACACUUUUUGCUGGGUGUGUCAUAUGGAUGGCCAGGUAUUGGAAUGUAGACAGUGCCCGCGUGUGUUUCAUCAACGAUGCGUUCAACUUCAGUCCCCAAUUCCGACUGAUUGGACAUGUACGGAAUGUUGCUCUGUUCGCAAUGCCGAAAAACAUAACCAUCUCGAAGUGGACCAGUUAACUGAAAUGCUCAACUUCGCUAUGGAGCGAAUCAAGUCGGUGGCUGACGCGCAACCUUUCUUUAAACCUGUUGACACGGAAGAAUUCCCGCACUACACCGAGUAUAUUGUUAGUCCGGUGGAUAUCAGCCAGCUGGAGGAAAAGAUUGUUCAAAGAUCUUACACUUCCACUAGAGCUUUCCUGGCUGAUUUCCGCUGGAUCUUGCACAAUUGCAUAAUCUUUAAUUCGUCUCACUCAAAAUUGACUAGCACGGCAAGAACGUUGAUGAAGGUGUGUAAACAUGAAAUGGCUGAGAUUGAUACUUGUGCCGAUUGCUAUGUGCAUGCUCACACCAAACGAGAAACCUGGUUCCUGGAACCGUGUCAAAGGCCUCAUUUACUGCUCUGGGCCAAACUCAAAGGGUUUCCUCAUUGGCCGGCUAAAGCGAUGAAAGCAAAUAAAGAAGGCAAUGUGGACGUGCGCUUUUUCGGUGCACACGAUCGAGCUUGGGUGCCCGCCAAAGAUUGUUUUUUGUACAGCCACGAAAUGCCUAUGCAGUUAAAAAAUCAGCGCAAAGCAAAUUUGAUUGCUUCAGUUGAAGAAGUUGACCAACACAUCAAAAAGCUUGUUGAGCGCUACGGUUCUUUCGCUUACCCCUCGCCACGUACGGCUUACAACCCAAAUAAGGAGGACGAGCAAUUACAACAACUUAUUCCUGGGUAA